AUUCUCUUGUAAUUAUUAAAAGUGUUUCUCGCUUUUGUUAUUUUGUUAAAUUAUUUCAUUUUCCAUUUUUUAUUGCACCAAUAACCGCAACUAUCGUUAAAAUUAUCAUUGCCAAUUUUUGUUUGUUUUGUCAAUAGACGCGAAAUCGAAUGGCUCUGAUAUAAUUCUGAGUUUCUUGCGCAAAAUUGUAAUUUUGUUCUCGUUUAUUGAAGACUGUGAUUUAUUUUAUAAUAGUUUAUCGUAUAUUUGUGACGCUUUCAAUAAUAUUUAAAAUAAUGAAAAAUCAAAGAUUUUUGUAAGCAUAUGAGCACAUAGAUAUUUAUACAUAAUGUCUCAAACAGAAGAAAAGGCUACAUAUACAUACAUAGUUCCGAAUGAAUUGAUAGAGCUUGCCGCAGAACAGCAACAGUGCUUUUAUGAAUGUCUUCCCGAAUGCACCGAAUAUAAACAUAAUGAGCAUGAAUAUUUGAAACGAAAUAUUGGAUACGCAAUAUAUGGGCCUCCAGAAAUUAAAAGUACAAACGAAAAUACAACAGAAGGCAAUAAUAGUAAUAGCAAUAGCGAACCAAAAACUGUUAAGGAUGCAGAUGCAGAUAUAGCUGAUUCAGUGGAUUAUAGUGAAGAACAGAAGGCUGUCAUAAAUAAGAUAUAUGAUAAAAUAUGUGAAUGUGUAAUAGAAAAGGAUAAACCAAUCCUUCCAAUUUAUUUUGCUAUAAUUUAUAAUAUAAUCUGUGGUAAUGAAAAGAUAAAACCUAAUAAAAAAGACCAGCCUAAAGAAGAUCAGCAGGUAAAACCGCAAGCAAAGGACGUUGCAGACAAAGAGAAGGAAACGAGAAAGACCGAUGCAAAAGAUGAAGAUGAAUGGCCGGUAGUUUUUAUUCCCAUAUUUACAAUCAGGAAGAGUAUUCCAAGACAAUCCAAUACUGCAAAUGCAAAACAAGAAGAGAAGGCACCGACUGGAGAUGAAACAUCUUACGACACAUGGUACAUCGAUAUCACUGCCAGAGUAUACAAGAGUUGGUCGGAUUAUAAAGAAAACAAUAAUCUCCCGGAAUGCGUCAUGAUCCUUCCAAAAGAUGGCUGUUAUCAGGAAGAUAAAACUAAACCAGUUACGGAAGACUAUUCAACAGUUUUGCUUGAAAUCCUGGAUUCGCCUGCAUGCGCUUGGACAGCGAAGUUUGCCAAAGGAGCGGAUAUUGCUUCCACUGUACUCGGAAUCGGCGGAAUAGGCUUGUGCGUUGCAUCAAUGUUUACGCCUCUUGCACCGAUAGCUAUAGCAGGUCUUGCUAUGAGCGGUGCAACUGGUGCUUGGACUAUUGGCCGAUCCUCUCAACAACUGGUGGAUCGCAGUAAGCAUGAAGAAUCCAUUGAUCUUUUUAAUAAAGAAGCAUUCCCCCACUGGAUCUGUUUGGCCGGUUCAGCGACUGGGUUGGGAGUAGUUGGAGGAUCAGCCGCUCUUUCCGCGGCUGCCGCACGCGGUAUGGCGGUAAACAUGGUUGCGAGAACGGCAUUUAACACUAUACAAGGCGGCAGUAUAUUUCUCAAUGGCGUCGGUAUAUUGUAUCAAGGCUACUGCAUUGUAGACAAGUACAAGACGGACGGAACCAUCAGUUAUGUAGAUACAUUGAGCUUCGUCGCGCACGCUAUGUUCUUUACCAACUCGGUGGUAAACAUUCAAUUCGCUGGUGAUAUUAUCGAGAGCUCUCAGGGUAGGGUCAUUAACGAUUACAAGGAGAAUUUGCGCACGAGAAAUCUCCGUAAAAAGUUCAAUCGCAUGAGACGAAAGGCUAAUGAGAAUAAUACGAACAGUAUAUCCGAGAACGCGGAAGUGAUACGUUACAUAAAAAAUCGCCAACAGUUAUCGUCCUUCAAGCAGAAUGCUGCUGAUACUUCGAUGUCGUCCUUUAAGCAGAAUGCUGCUGAUGCUCUGACGUCGAAUAAGACCUUUUCUAAUGUCGUAUGGUCGUUCGACCAGGGUAAACUGAAGGUCAAUGGUGUUACAUUGAUAGAUCCUUUCGAAUACGUUAUGCGCCUUAUAAGAUUGGGUGUAUUUGUCGAUCAAAGUCAAGAACAAUCUGUCUCACGAUAUGGUACUAACGACUGCACUUUUGAACAGUUGAUGAAGGUGCUUUGCAAUUUAUUAACAAAGUAUUCCGCGAACAGAAACUAUCAUAGCAGCACGAGACUGCCUGACUAUGAACCGCUGAUUAGACAAAUGAGCUCCAUGAACAUCAACGAAGACUAUCUGAAAAAGUUGUUCGACGUCGCUGUAAGAUUAAUGCAACGUUCCAGGGACGUGGAAGAUUGGUUGCUUAAGGCUAUGACGUUCGUUUGGCAAUAUUGUAAAAUCAAUUUGAAGCAGUGGGGUAUAGAAACGUAUCUUCGUGAGCGAAGCGAUUCUGGCUCUUUCAUUUUGCGAAACAUUAUUAUAGCGGUUUCCGAGGCGCUCGAUAUGAUGCUUACUAAUUUAUUUAACGCGUUUUAUAUGUAUGUGGAAGCUACCUUGCACAGAGAGUAAAGUAUUGUAUUGUACCGUAAAGAAUGGCUUUUGAGACAGCAUUUUAAUAGCCAUUUAGGGUAUGGUCAAAGUCACGCUGCGAAGCGCUUCUAGACACUUUCUAUCCUUUUCCUUCUGUCAAGUGAGAAGAAGGUGUCUAGAAGUGCUUCGCAGCGUGACCUUGACCGUACCUUUAUAUAGCCAUUUGGAGGAUUUUCAUAGAAAUAUAACGUGCCUUAUCACUUGCGAAUUUAUUAGUAAUGAAGCUGAAGCUUCAGCUCACUUGAAUGCUAAGGAAUUUGUGGCACAUGCGUACAUGCUGACACACACGUACAUAUCGUUUCUUAAAUGUAGUUUUAGACUAAUGUAUAAAUAUCGUUGAACUAAACUUUCUUAAAAAUGUAUUCUGUUAACUAGGUGCUCCACGUUUUAAUCUUAACGAUUAAAACAUUAAUUAUUAAUAUACAGACAGAUUACAUAUGAUUAAUAUCGUUGAUAAAUUGUAAAAUAAAGCUUAUUAUAUCUGUAUCUCAUUUUUCUUAAUUAAAAAAUAAUAUGGUUGCUUCAAAAAUCUCAAGUAACUUGCUACAUUUUUGUUCGAUGCUGUUAUCUACAGUGGCACUAUCUUUGUUGACAUCGGAAUUGCUUCACGGACACAAAAGAAAGAAAUAAUUUCGUCCGAGAAAAGAAGCAAACAAACCUGUUCGUAGGUAGAGCGUAGAGCGAAUGUCGAACAUGCGCCGUCGCGGCUCUCAUGCGGACGCAUCUUAACGCGCAUGCAUGCCCGAUAAUUGAGAAUCGGCACGCGACUCAGUCAGCUGACCUGUCUUGUGAUAGCAGCUAGGCAGAACCCGAGGAGUCACGAUUCUCGUCGCUUGGUUGGACUGCGUGCGGAAACGUCGUAUCUCGCCGU